AUGUAUCGAAUGAAUCAAUCGGAAGCUGAUAAAUGGGUGUGCGAAGCUGAACAAAAACUAUCGUUAAACACCGGGAUAAUGAGAUUUUUCUUCGGGGGCCAAAAAAAAAUUGAUGAUGCCAUCGAGUGUUACAAAAAGGCGGGAAAUUUAUACAAAAUUUCGAAAAAUUGGGCCGAAGCAGCCGAUUGCUACUCAAAAGCGGCCACUUUAACCGGAUCUCACGAAAAUAAUAAUAAACACCAAGCCGCUUUGGACUACGAACAAGCAGCGAUUUGCUUUAAAAAAAUUAACGCCCAACCGGAAGCCGAAAAAAAUUAUUUAAAAUCGAUCGAUAUCUAUUUAGAUUUAGGAAGAUUUAACACCGCGGCGAAAAUGCAUGAAAAUAUAGCGGGGAUGUACGAAAAUGAAUCGGAGGAAGUCGGAAAGAUGUUGUAUCAUUACGAAAAAGCGGCCGAUUUUUACAAAGGCGAAGAAAGUUGCUCAUCGGCGAAUCGAUGUUUAUUAAAAAUCGCUCAACAUUCCGCCGAAAACGAACGUUACGAACAAGCGAUUCAUAUCUACGAGAAAAUCGGGACGUAUUCNUACGAGAAAAUCGGAACGAAUUCCUUGAAAAGCAGCCUUUUAAAAUACGGCGCGAAAGAAUACUUUUUUAAAGCUGCAAUUUGCCGACUUUGUUUGGAUCCGGGAGAAACAGGAAAACAUUUAGAGAAAUACGUUAAAAUCUAUCCCGCAUUCGGCGAUUCCAGGGAAUACAAAUUUUGUUCAAAUUUAAUAAAAAACAUCGAAGAACAAAACGUCGAUGGCUUAACAGAUGUCAUUAAAGACUAUGACUCAAUGCAAACCCUAGAUCCGUGGUACACCACUUUAUUGCUUAGGAUUAAAAGGAAAUUAGCUGAUGAACCUGAUUUACGUUAA